GGCCUGGAAGAAUAGCCCCAGCCGUACGUGAAAUGGCGGAUGAGGAGCGCUCACGACGUGGUCUAAAUCCAAACGCCCAAGCAUUUGUGCCCAAUCCGGAGGCGCGCCCGUUCAUUCCCGGGCAGCCCUAUAUUUUUGCGGCCCCUCAGCCGGCCUUCAGCCACCCGCCACCGGCCACCGCGCAGCCCUUCCCAAUGUACCAGCAGUACGUGCAUAUGGCCCCAUCUGCGGUUGCUGCAGCUUGGGAUGAUGAUGUGGAGGAGGAUGAAUCUGUAGAACAAAAUGAAGCUCUACGAGGUCUUUCCCAAGGAGACGUCGAGCACGCAGCCAUCAAGGAGGAGGCUAAAAUAAUGGAUCUAAAGUCAAGUGAAGUGGCGGCGAUGAAUGUGACCGCGAAAGGUGUCGGUGGUGAGAAAUUCAAAAACACGGCAAGCAAAUUGGAGGCCGAGGAGGAAGAGAGAGUGGCCGUUGCGACACUUCCUGCUAAAUUCAAACAAGCUGCAGUCAUCGAUGAUAGUAGUCGAAAAGAGCACGUUAAUAUGGUGUUUAUUGGGCACGUUGACGCCGGCAAAUCGACCAUCGGCGGGCAUUUGAUGUAUCUUACGGGAAUGGUUGACAAGCGAACAUUGGAGAAGUAUGAGCGAGAAGCAAAGGACAAGGGACGAGAAUCAUGGUUAUUUGCCUUGUUUAUCGAUUGUUGUGAAUACAGUAGCGGAAUAUCUGCUUUCGAGCUCUUCAGUAAAAUUUUAUCGUUUUUGAGGUAUCUGUCGUGGGCACUGGAUACCAACGAUGAGGAGCGUGAAAAGGGCAAAACUGUCGAAUGCGGUCGUGCUUUCUUUGAAACGGAAAAGAAACAUUUUACGAUUUUGGAUGCACCCGGGCACAAGUCGUUCGUUCCGAAUAUGAUUAGCGGUGCAACGCAAGCAGAUUUAGCUGUUUUGGUAAUAAGUGCACGGAAAGGCGAAUUUGAAACCGGUUUUGACCGUGGCGGACAAACACGUGAGCAUGCAAUGUUGGUGAAAACUGCUGGUGUCAAGUAUCUCGUUGUUCUGGUUAAUAAAAUGGACGAUCCGACAGUUUGUUGGGAUCAAGGAAGGUACAAGGAAAUUCAGAGCAAAUUGACGCCAUAUUUACGGAAAUGUGGUUUUAGCCCAAAAACAGACAUUACGUAUAUUCCGGUGUCCGGACUUACUGGAGCAUUCCUGAAGGAACGACCAGGCGCUGAAUUCGGGUCCUGGUACACCGGUCCGUGCUUCAUUGAAUAUAUUGAUACGAUGCUUCCAUCGAUUAGCCGCGAUUACGAAGGACCAGUGCGUGUUAUCAUUGCGGAUAAGUAUAGUGAUAUGGGAACGAUAAUUAUUGGAAAAGUACAGUCGGGUAUUGUAGUUAAAGGGCAAACCCUAACAGUGAUGCCAAAUAGAUCGAGUGUUCAAGUGAUCCAACUGUGGUCAGAUGAUGUGGAAACGGAUAAAAUCGUGUCUGGAGACAAUGUAAAGCUAAAAUUAAAAGGCAUUGAGGAUGCAGACAUACUUCCUGGAUUUGUUCUUUGUUCGCCGGAUGCAUUAUGUCAUGUUGGUAGAGUUUUCGACGCCGAGGUGGUCAUUUUGGAUCACAAAUCUAUUAUCGCCUCCGGAUAUUCCUGUGUCCUUCAUAUCCAGUCAGCCACCGAAGAAGUUGUUGUAAGGACGGUAAUUUGUACAAUCGACAAGAAAACUGGGAACAAAGUGAGGGCACGAUUUGUGAAGCAGGAUGAGAAGUGCAUUAUGCGACUGGAAAGUUCGGAAACUUUUUGCCUGGAAGCAUUCAAAGAUUUCCCGCAAAUGGGACGGUUUACGCUACGCGAUGAGGGCAAAACAAUCGCAAUUGGAAAAGUUUUGAAGGUUGUGGAAUAAAA